UUCACAAAAUUUAACAAUGUUGAAAAAAGUAAUUUUUCUUUUAUAUAUUUCAUUUUUAUUAACUUCUACAGCACUACCCUCUUAUGAAAUUAGACCAGGAAAAUGGAUUUUUACAUUUGGAAAUUGGACUUACGAUCAUAGUGUCAUCGGAUUUCAAAGUAAAAAUCAUUUAGAAAUGGAACCAAAUAUUACAAACUUUUCAGUACGGUAUCCAACGGUUGGUAGUGGUAAUGUAGUAAAAUAUGCUCUAAUUGAAAUUGAUACAAAUGAAGGUGCGGAUAUUGAUUGCAUUAUAACUGAAGGUGGUAUUGGCAAGACAUUUAUACAAAUAAAGACUUUAGUUAAGCAUUACACAAAAAUUCAUCAUCAAACCACUAUAAUGGGUAUUCAACCGAGAUCACUGACAGUUGAUUAAAAUGGUAAAUAUGCAAUCGAAAUGGUGAAUAUGUAUUCCUAUAUAAGCUCAUAGGAAAAGCUGUAUUCCAUUCAACCAAAUAAGUUUAACCAAAAAAGUUGAAUAAGUUAAGUAAAAUUAUCAAAAUAGUUUUGUAAAACUUUUAAAUUUAAAUACAAAUAUUAAAGCAGAAAA